AUGGCAAUCUUUGGCAGCAAAAACAAGAGACACGAAGAAGUCAAACCAAUUCCAAGCGAUGUAGAUAAGCUGUCAAUUAAGGGGCCCGAGCCUGGAUUAGGCGGACAGUUCAAAGAAUUCCUCAAGACAGUGAUCAGCUUCACUGGAGACCUCUCUUCACUGACCUGCCCUGCCUUCUUUUUGAAUGGGUUAUCUUUGUUAGAAUACGGCACGUAUUGGGGCGAUCAUCCAACAUGCUUCACAGCAGUGACUCAAUCAAGUGACCCUGAAGAACGUAUGCUGGCCGUCACUCGAUGGUUUAUGUCCACUUUAUGGGGUAGCUACGCAUCACGUUGUACGAAUGGAUUGACCGAAAAGAAGCCUUACAAUCCAAUUUUGGGUGAGCAGUUCUAUUGUCACAUGGGCAAUGUUAAAUGCAUCUGUGAGCAAGUGUGCCAUCAUCCUCCCAUCUCGGCAUUCUAUCUCGAAAGCGCCGCAGAAGGUGUAUCACUCAAUGGUCAUUGUGGCCAGAAAUCCAAAUUCAAGGGUACAACUAUCAAAGUAGAGCAAGUCGGUCGCGCAGUACUGAAUCUCAAGACAUUUGACGAACAAUAUGUGAUUGAUUAUCCUGAUUUACUGAUUCGUGGUGUAUUCACUGGGUCUUGCUAUCUUGAAUUGAGUGGUGUUUGCACCAUCACCAGCAACAGCGGUGCUAAAACUGUGAUUGAGUUUAUCCCCAAGCCAUGGUUUGGUGGUGAGUAUCAUCGCAUCAAGGGAAGUAUCACCUAUAAGGAGCAAGUGUAUUGCACUUUAUCCGGCAGAUGGAGCAACCAAUCUUUCUAUACCAAAUCUGGACAAAGCACAAAAGAGCUACUAUUCGAUGCAGAGGCUGAAGCCAUGGCAGAACGUAAAACGGCACCCAUUGAACAACAACAAGAGAUUGAAUCCCAUCGUCUGUGGGGCCCUGUUACUGAAGCACUCAAGGCCAAGAAUUAUGCAGUUGCAAAUGCAGAGAAAUCGAAAAUCGAGGAUUGGCAGCGUCAAAUCAGAAAAGAUCGUGAAAAUAAUAUUGUAGAGCCUUUCAAGCCUGUCUUAUUCACAUUUCAAAAGGAUUCAGAAGCGUCCGAUGAAUACUCAAAACGCACAGUGUCAUUACUACCUAAUAUGGUUGGCAAGCCUUUUGUGGAUGAAGGUGCUUGGACAUACAAUGAUUCUCUGCACAAGAAAUAG